AUGGCUCUUCAGGAUGUAUGCAAGUGGCAGACUCCCGACACUCCCAGACCAUCCGUUCACUUGCCUCAGGCCAGUGGCUGGGCUGUACCCCGGGGCUGUGACCCUCAAACCUUCCUGCAGACCCAUGGCCCCAGGCUGGCUCACGGCACCACCACGCUGGCUUUUCGAUUCCGUCAUGGUGUCAUCGCUGCGGCUGAUACUCGGUCCUCCUGUGGCAGCUAUGUGGCGUGUCCAGCCUCACGGAAGGUCAUCCCUGUGCACCAGCAUCUCCUGGGUACCACCUCUGGGACCUCUGCUGACUGUGUCACAUGGUACCGGGUGCUACGGCGGGAGCUGCGGCUUCGGGAACUGAGGGAAGGCCAGCUGCCCAGUGUGGCAGGCACGGCCAAACUCUUUGCAGCUAUGAUGUUCCGCUACCGCGGUCUGGAUCUGUGUGUGGCCACUGCCCUGUGUGGCUGGGACCACUCUGGCCCUGCUCUCUUCUAUGUCUACAGUGAUGGCACUUGUCUUCAGGGGGAUAUCUUCUCAGUGGGCUCUGGGUCUCCUUACGCCUAUGGUGUGCUUGACCGUAGCUACCACUAUGACAUGACCAUCCAGGAAGCCUACGCCCUGGCCCGCUGUGCUGUGGCCCAUGCCACCCACCGUGAUGCUUAUUCAGGGGGCUCAGUGGACCUCUUUCACGUUCGUGAGAGCGGGUGGGAGUAUGUGUCCCGCAGUGAUGCUUGCGUGCUGUAUAGGGAGCUGCAGAAAGUCCGGGGCUUGGAGCAGGAGCUGGAGGCAAAAGCUAGUAGAGUCCAUCCUGAGCCUGCCACGCCACAAGAUGCUCAAGGAAGUAAAGAACUCUUUGUGGAGCAAGAGGAGGUGACGCCAGAAGACUGUGCAGUAAUGCUGAAGACUGAAACAAUGUAA